AUGACGCAAUCCGCCGUUCUUGGCGAUGUUCAUGGAGCGAGUGAAAAUGGCAAGGACGUGACGAUUAUUAGUGUGGUCUCAUGUUCGAGUGUGACGGAUAUAACGCUUAGUAUUGGCGAUCCGGAAACGGAUGAAUUUGCGAAUUUCUACCAAGCUUUCGCAACGGCCUAUGACGCAAUGUUAUCAGGUGUGAAUGCAACAUAUGAUGCGUGUCAAUUGCAAUUUUUACAAAAGGAACUCCUGGCAAAGUAUUCGGCCGACUUGGAAGAUGUUGGAGACGUGAUGGAGAUUAAACCGUCGUUGAUCAAAUUAAACGCGACGUUUAGUAACGAGCUUGCGUGUUUAAAAGAGAUUAAGCACAUUUGGCCAUCUACGAGUGAAAGCCACACACCUUUCUUGACCAGGAGUGACCAAGUGGAUGCCAUGGCAACUGUCAUGUUGGUACAUGUGAGUGCAGCAAUUGGGGAUCAACUUCUAGCUUUGCCCUGUGUUGAGAGUGUAACGGUCUUGCCAGCUAUUCUAAAGCUUAUGCCGUUUGCAAAGAGUUCGUAUGCUUUUUCAAGAGACUCGAGUAAAUCGAAGGAAGGACCGGCACUUGAGAUCAGGUUGGCCAAGGUGGUAAAUACGAAACAGGCAUUGACUAGAUUGUGCUCUCGUGUAACAAAGGCGACGGGGAUCAAAAAUUUGAUUACAAUGCCGAGCUCAACAGCAGAAACUGGAGGCAUUUUGUUGCAGGCAGCAGUGGACGACUAUCAAACGUGGACACAAGCCCUUGCGAUUGUGCUGGAUGACGAGGCCGUGGAGUGGGUGGAUGUGCAGCAGGUAGUUACCACAAGUUCACUUCAAGGAUUAAAGAAACCUGCGCUAGAACAGCGAUUGUUUCGCCGGAGACUAGAGGAGACCGCUUUAGAUGCGAUGGAAAUGGAGCACAUUGAUCGACGUCUGGACGAGUACGUUCAAGACUUGAUGGGUGUGAAUAUUAUGCAGGAACACAACAUCACUGGGAACUCUAUUAUAGUAGGUAUUACGGAUACAGGGCUCUAUAUUGACCACGACCAGUUUGAUCAGGAAUCACGGAGUAUGUACGAUGACGAGGACAUGACAGCGCGAAAGGUGGUUUACUACCAGACAUUUGCGAAUAAUGUGGAUGAGGCUGAAGAUGUGACGUGUGGCCACGGCACACACGUAUCAGGUAUUUUGGCAGGCAGUUCAUACAGCAGGGCGAACGCUGAUCUCGGCAUUGCAUCCAGCGCACGCAUUGCUUUCAUGGAUAUUGGCAAGCAAGAUGCAAUGUGUGCUGGAACUAGCGGUUGCGAAGUAUCGCUGGAGACACCCGGCGAGGUUGCGAACCUCAUGAAGGCCCAAGUCGACACGGGUGCCAAAAUCUUUUCUUUUUCGUGGGGAACAGGAGCGAACGACUACAACACGCAGACUGAACAGGUGGACGAGUACAUCUACAACAACCCGAAUAUCCUCAUCAUUGUAGCAGCCGGUAACAGCGGUGAACUAGGCGCUCAUACUAUCAGCAGUCCAUCAGGGGCAAAAAACGUCGUCUCCGUUGGUGCAAGUCUCAACGCAGAGGCAUCAUUCUCGGCCACCCCAUGUCAGAAGGUGUUGAACGAAAACACGGUUGCGUCGUUCUCGUCCAUUGGACCAACUUUGGAUGGACGACAGAAGCCUGAUUUGGUUGCGCCUGGAAUGACAAUCAUUUCGUCGCAGUCGGAAACGCCAGGUUCGACGGUCAAGUCCUCGGCUGUAUGUCCUUUACAAGGAACGUCGCAGGCUACACCUGUCAUUGCUGGUAUGGCCGUGCUGAUCUACGAGUGGCUGCGUGAUGGCUGGUGGAAGAACGGCGUGGCUGACCCCACGUAUGGCAUGGACACGAUACCGGCGUCUUUGAUCAAGGCACUACUGCUUCACAGUGGCGAGUCCAUGUCUAGACGUCUCAUUGAGCCUAGUACUGGUGUCACAUCGUGCGUAGCGCUCGAAGAUGCUGCAGUGACACUCAAGUCGUACCCUGACUAUAAUCAAGGCUACGGCAAGCCGACGAUGCUCAAUCUAGUGUCAUUCUUGGACACUAGCAGCGCAUCGUCGUCGUCUUCAACGAGCAGCAACACCAUCUACUUUUUUCCCAACUCUUCAGCUGGUUCUGAGCCCAGCGUGAUCGAAGGCAGCGAAGUGACCUUCCACUUCAUGCUCACAGCAGAUGUCAACUUGCGUGUAACACUUGUGUGGACAGACCCACCUGCAUCAGUGGGAAGCAAGUCUGCACUACAAAAUGAUCUCGACUUGACUUUGAAGGUUGCGAACACAACGACAUUGUUUUACCCGUUAUCCGGCAAUGGCAGUCGCGACUCAGUGAACAAUGUGGAGAUGAUAGAAGUCUUCUAUGACGAUGCACUUGAAGCGGUUACUAAGGCUGGCAUGACUGUAAAGGACGGAAGCAUUUACGUUCAGGCUGUCGUAAGUGGUCACAGCGUCAAGGCCGGCGAGAAUGCUACUACCACUGGUCAAAAGUUUUCCAUUGUGGCAUCUUCGACUCCGUCCUUGACUUCCAUGGAGUUAAAUGACGAGACAGAUUCGGCUUUCUGGCAGCCAUGGAUGACAAUUGGUGUUAUUGUCAUUAGCACUUUGGCUGUGCUCUUUGCCGUUGCGUUAGUGUGGCAUAUGCAUGUGACAAGGAAGGCAGGCAAAGCGAACUACGGCUCUCCGUCUGCCGCCGUCGAGUUUACAGGGGCUCUUGGAGGAAAAACGAAAGGUUUAUGGGAUCAAAAGACUGAAGAAUGCACGAGUGUUCCGCACAUUCAUCCGAGCUACAUCAACAUUGAGGCAGGAGGGAUACGACAUUCUGGUUUAGAAAAUCCAGUGGGUAGUAAUUGCCACGCACUCGGUCCUUCUACAGCUGUCCUGCGUGAGCCAAGUCGCCGUACUGCUGAUGCCUUUGACCCUUUGGCUGCUGCUGCACACGAGCCCAGUCGUCGUGCUGCAGGUGCGUUGGCACCACCGCUACCAAAUUUAGCGCCUAAGACUUGCCUCCGCACUGCUACAGCAUUGCAGACCCCAGCUGAUUCUUCACGCAAACUAUCGCGUCGGAAUCGAGAGCGGAGUGACGGAAGCGACCGUGGACAAGAACAUACGGGUAGUAACGGCACUGAUUGGGAUCGUAAACGAAGUGAACCGAAACAAGAACGAGAUCGCAGUAAUCGUCCUGGUAGUGAUCGAGGACGAGAACGUAACGAAACGAGGAACGUGCCUGUCAAGUCACAUUCGACUCGACGUAGUAAACCCCCUAUUCUUUGA